CCGUGAAUUCUAACGAUGCCAUAUGUGGAUCUCUUAAGGUUGUGGAUCAUGGAUGAGACGGAGAUUACAGGGUGCGAAGACAAAAGUACCUUGGCUGCGAAGAUAGAUUUGCGCGUGUCUCGACUGAUUGCGUCCCUGUACAGCACCCCUAUCUACACGCAAGUUCGCUCUUUUGGGGUGCAGACGUUAACGCGGACUUACUCCAAGGCCACGCAGACGCCCGUCAUACUCAAGGGCCAGUGCGAGGCCGAGGACAGUCCCACCUUCCGAUGCGGCCCGUGCAACCUGGUACUGCCCUCAAAGGCUCUCCUCAAGGAGCACCAGGUGGAGAAGCACUUCCACAAGGACGGGCGCAACUACUGCCGCUUCUGCGACUACUCCAGCCACUGCGCGACCAACGUGAAGGUCCACGAGAGGCGCCACACGGGCGAGAAGCCCUACAUCUGCAGGGUGUGCCUGCGGCCGUUUGCGGGAAAGGGAAACCUGGACAAGCACUGCAGGACGAUCCACGAGGGGGAGAGGAAGCACCAGUGCCCCAUGUGCGGGCUCGCCUUCACGCAGAAGAUCCACCUGCAGGAGCACCUGCGGGUGCACUCGGACGAGAGGCCCUUCAAGUGCGAGCACUGCGGGAAGGCCUUCACCCUGAAGAGCGGCCUGCGCACUCACCUUCGCCUCCACAACCGCGAGAAGCCUUACUCCUGCACUCACUGCGGAAAAAGCUUCACUCAGCUGAGUCACCUCAAGUGCCACACGGUGACCGUUCACACCAAGGAUUUUCCUCACAGGUGUCGUCUGUGCAACAAGGGGUUUUGUCGACCGGCGGAGCUCUCAAAGCACGUGCACAAGAAGCACCAGACUCCAGCACGUGUCGUCUGAUACUCGUGUGCCCCUGCCGUUAAAUACCGCACUGACUCACACCCUGACUCAUCGACCCGGGGUCGAUGAGUCAUACCUGAGCCACGCAGGCACGAAAAAAUUACGUCUAAUGGCAUUCGAGUCUCGAAUGACGUUAAUUACGAAGCUUGCGCCGCACAUCAUUAUCUAAUGAAGUCACUAUAUCGAC